AUGCCUCCUGCGAAUCUUCUCCGUGAGCUGAAGGGCAAAUCCUAUGAGAUCGGUCUCCAACCAGGAAGUCCUCCAGUCAGCUACGAUAAUACUAAUUUGCAAGAUGUUCGGACCUUGGUGGCCCGACCUAUAGAAGAAUAUAGCACGGGCACUGUCCAUGUGAUCUUCAUGCCGUCCAUCGAAAAGCGCCUGGAGAGAGGAUUUGCACCCGAAAACCUCGUCGAUGAUAUAUCAAGCAGGUUCAAAAUUCCAAAGUUCUUCUUUGACGACAUGGGAUGGAAUGCAAAUGGGUUCUUCAGGUCGUCGGAAUUUGGCAAUAGGAAUCUCAACACGGAGGCAUAUUCAUACUGCACGUCAUCACGCUAUCUAACCAAGAGCGUUGGAGAAAAGGGCCAAGUAGUUGACCAAAAUACGGUCCAGGACCGCAUGAGGAACCCAGGAAGGCAAACCUUGAGUGAAUUCAGCGACCUCGAGGACGAAAAGUGGACGUGGACAUCAGCAGAUGUCGGUCCACCGCAAACAUCGACCCCAAGCUCUGACCCGCCAUCAUACAGAAGCUCGACACGCAAUCAAAGGGAAAACUCCCCUUCAUACAAAUACACAUGGGACUUUAUGGGGUUUUGCACCUAUUGGCGACGGACACGUCCCCAAGGCGGCGAGGAGUCUACGUAUCUGAACAUCAUCCUCUGCUUUGAUUUGAGCAAAGAGCUCAAGAAGAGGAUCAUAAUGGCAAUCAGUGACUCGCGGUCCGAAAUCGCUCAGAGAUUGAGCGACCCGUUCUGCCUUUUGAACAUGGCGAACAAUGUCGUCGUGGAGCAUCUCCACCGGACCUUGUGGUCGUUUCAACAACCCAUCAGAAACGUUGAAAAGACCCGCCUCGAAGGCUGGACUAAGACUCUGCAAGACGAAAACGACGACAGAAGCGAAAGCACCAGGGAACGAGAAGUCGUGACACUCAUGGGAAAAUACGCCGCGAUGCAUGAGCUCAACCGUCACGUUCACCACAUUGCAGAGGCCAUGCAAGUGGCUUCAAACACCCUUGGGAAUAUCGUCAAAGCGCAUGACUCACUUCAAUCUGUCGGGGAUCAACCCCAGCACAGGUCAGACGAUAUAGCCAACAAUCUACGAUUCCAGACUCUGUACACUGACAAUCUGCGAUGUCGGGCUGAUGCAUUCGUCGACAGAAUGAAGAACGAAACAAGAUUCGGAUUUUUUGGCAUGAACUUCUUCUCCGUCGGAGACGGUGCGAAAUGGACCUGGGUGCCGAAGUUCUGGAUGUUUUUCGUCAUCACCGCUCCCAUCACGUUUGCCGGCUUGGUUCUCUUCAUGUUCGAAGUCAACGUGGUCGGAUGGAUUCGGAGGAAGUUCUCCCAGCCUGUCAAAGUCUGGUACCGGACGCAGAGGACGACGAGGGUGAACAGGAACAGGAACAGGAACGGGAACAGGAACGCAAACACAAUCACAAUCACAAACGCAACCGGACAACCACAACCACAACCACAAGGCGGCGGUAUCGUCGCUGUCUAG